AAGGUGGCGCUUUUACCACCUUACUGCGCAAGUGCGGUAUCGCAGCAGGGAGGCUCACUUCCGGGUUGGGUGGCGUGCACAUUUUCUCGUCAAACAUUUCGGAAAUAUCCAAGAUCGGACGUCCCUGUUCAAACUACAUUUAACUCAGAAUGCCGAAGAACCGGUUCACCCACUACGCCGUGGCACGGGGAAGGAAACCUGGGAUCUACACGGACUGGUCUCAGACCAAAGAACAAAUAGAAGGAUUCAGCAGCGCCCGCUACAAGGGCUUCCACUCGGAGGCAGAGGCGCGGGCAUGGAUCGACGAAAAUUCAAACAGCAUCCUUCAGAAGAACAGAAACGACGCUGGCGUUGUCAAGGCAACAGCCAAUGAGAAGGUUGACGCUCAGUCAGGAGCCAAUCAGAGUUUACCAAUGGCAGGAAAGGGGCAGUCACGUGACUAUGGCAAACGUCCGUCAAAAAAUGAAACGUCUGAAUCAGAAAAAUCAACCGGAAAACACGUCAUCAGUAAAGUGAAGACCGGAAAUACUGACGAUCUUACAGAGGCACUGUCUGAUCUACAGAUCACAAAGCCUCUGACGUUCAAAGAAGCUUUGCCAAACUUCAGGCCAGGAAUCUAUAAAGGUGACGUCAUCAAGCGUCUUUGGUCUAACCUUCUCCAGUCGUGGUUCGAGCGCGGAGCACAAGUCUUCAUCGUCUCACCAUGGAUCGACAAAAAAACGAUCGGUUACAUCAAGAAUCGCCUGAUGACCGGUCAGUCGUCCAUCCAGGCCCUCUACAUCCGGGACCCUUGCUUCACAGACACAAACGGGAAGGCAACCUCUUUGGCGGAAGCAAUGCAGGGGGUCUUUUCCGAAAGCGAGGCUGACCGGAUACGCUGUCUGAGGGUCGGCACAGACAGAGAGGCUGACGGGAAGGCCUACUUCCACUGCAAGUUUGUCGCGGGAAGGUUUGAAAAUCACGUUGAGAUACUCAUCACAAGUGCCAACUUCAACGAUCAUCACUUCAAUCCCCUUCAGAGGGAUUCGGUGAUACUGCUCAGUGAAAACUGUAGAGAAUUCGAGACGAGGUAUCUGAGUGAGUUAGACCAUGUAACCAAAGAGGUGUCACUAGCUACUGUGCUGGCGACUUGAAGCUUAAGUAUAGUUUGACCUUGAGAAAAAGCAAUGUACAUGUACAUUGCAAAGUGCAGUAUAUUGCAUACAUCAAUAUACCGUGUUAGGAGGAAUGGCGUACAGCUAACGUCAUCUUAAAGUUGGAAAGUUUCAUUCCUUUAUCUUUUGUCUAGCGGUACUCAGUAUCUUGCUAGAACGCCAUCUUCUUAUCAAAACAAGUGAUUUUAUGUCGCAUACCUUUAACCUUGAUAUGGUGUAACAUUUUACUUCUCUUUUAUUCUAAUCCAACUUUACCACAUGUGUAAAGAUUUUAGAUUCAUUCACCCUUACUGUCAUAGCUGCAUUUUUGUUUUAAGUAUGGGCGUUUUUGCAACAUGUCAUGUUGAAGUUUUACUGUAAGGUUAUAACGUAAUCUUUACGUAUGGACGAUUGUGCAACAUGUUAAAGUUUUAAUGUUUACGUAAUCUUUACGUAUGGACGAUUGUGCAACAUGUUGAAGUUUCAAUGUUUACGUAAUCUUUACGUAUGGGCAUUUGUGCAACAUGUCAAAGCUAGUCUUGACGGUUUGUUUUGUGAGCUAAAUUGAUUAGAAUGUUUCUGAUCAAAAACUUCUCUUCUGUUUGGUAGUAUGCAUAUGGUUAUCAUUAAAUCGAUUAUAUUGUUGGGAGUAGGAUGUCAUAAAAAAUACAUACAUUCCUCUGAA